AUGUUUGUUAACAGUGAUUUUCUUUUCUUGUCUCUUCUCUCUCUAGACGUUUUCUUGACUUCGUGCCCACCGACUGCGAGGGUUUGCAUGAUGAACAGCGGCAGCACUGGCAGCGAACGAGCUGCUGAUCUGUACAAUGAGCCAGACAUGGAUAUCGAAACUUGGGUUAACGAACUCUAUACUGAUGAGUUUCGAGAUUCUUUGAUGAAUCUUGGUUUGGAUGAUAUAAACAUCAAUCCAGAUUAUGCUAGCGAUCAGCCAAACAUGUCUGUAAACAGCGGAUCCAUCUUCGGAGGAGGUUCAGCAGAUAAGCCACAAAGAGGAAUUCCCCAGGAGAGGAUGACUAUGAGCAGCUUGACUCCCAACAGUAGCACACCAACACUGCAGACAUCAGGUCAUAUCCUGUCUCCAGUACCAAAGUUUGUCUCUAAUCCAGCUUCACAAAGUUCUCCCUCACUUAGAACACAGGAUUUGCCCCAAUUCACAAACCAAAAUCAACCGUUGAAACAACAGAUCUUUGAACACAAGGCUGUCCAACAGCCACCAACACAUCCCUCAAUAACUCAAUCAACCAUCAUGUUUGGUCAGCAAAAGACCAAUCAACAAAUGCCAUCAGAUCAUCUUCGUCCAUGUCCAAGGCCAGUGUCAACUAUUAAAACGAUCCAUCUACAAAACCAGCAGACACCGAUGCAACAAAUUAGUAAUACAAGUCAAUUGCAGAAACGACAGAAGCAGAUGGUUGUUCAUCCAUCACAGAACUUCCAGCAGAACCAGAAUCAAGCACAGUUGCAAUUUCAACAGCCUGCAGGGAUGACAUCACAUAUGCUGAUGCCAGAAGGUGGUCAGCAUAGGGUUCAUGGAUUGGUGAUUGGAUCAGAAGGGCAAAGGAAACCACAAGGACAUAUGUCUGCUGCCUUGUCAGCUACGGCCGGAUUUUCACUUCCAAAUGAUUUUUCUACAAAUGAAAAUUGGCGAGAGUAUGCUUUCCGACAGGUUCAAGAGAUGAAAGAGAAAUAUAUAAAUGACUUACUAAAUAUGCAUAAGAGGGCAGUUCAUUUAUGCUCUCAGGAAACAAACAUCGAGAUAGCAACCAAGUAUGGACACGCGAAAGAGUUUCUGGAAAAGAUGAUCAAUUUCUUGAAUAUCGCUACAAUUGAUAAGAUUCCAAAGAAUAGGGAGAGAGUUUACAACUACAUAAAUUUCAUCAUCAACUACUUGACCUCUUUUAGGAACAAGAACGGGGGUUCUUCUCAGAUCUUUGACCAGAUGAUCAAUCAGCCACCUGCAGAUCAUAGCCAGUCGAAAGGAUCACAGCUGCAGCCUAAGGGAGGAGACAUGAGGUUGCCUUACAGUCUGCAAGAAAAUCUUAAUCAUGGGGUGGUAAACGUAGAGAUGAACACGUUAAGCAUUAAUCAGCAACGGGUUCAUCAGCCCACUAAUAGCCAAAAAGGCAAUGGUGACUUGAAGUUGCAAAGCAUGCCCCCACCAAAUUCUUCUCAGGGGAUUAAUCUUGCAAACAGGGAAGCUGCAAUGAUUAACUUUAAUCAGAAUUUCCCUUCCAGAAGGCCAGAAGGGAGAAUGGCAAGUCCACUUUCUGUAAAUCCAUUACUCACUGGUUCGUUCAAAGGUACACAGCCAACUGUUUUAGGUACAACACAACGGUCAAACUUGGGACCAAGGACCAGCAGUGUUAACGUUUCAACUUCUUCCAUGAGUUUGUUAAGAGCAGCAACUGCAGCUAACUUUCCAUCUCGACAGGUUAACCACCAACCCUCAUUGGUCAAUCAAAGUUUCAACUCAGAAAAAAUGAAACAACCUAUGCAGAAAUCCAAUGAGAUGACUUGGUCAAACCAGGGUCAAGUGUUGUCUCCUUUGGCUUCCCUAUUGCAGAACCAGUUUCCUUCACAGUCAGCUCCGAACCCAAUAAUACUUCAGCCAUCAGGACAGCAUUCAGUUUCAUCUUGGCAGGUUAAUGCAAACAAUGUGUUGUCACCACAGUCAAUAGCUCGUUCACCAUUUUUACUUGGUUCUUCAUCAGCUCCUUCACAUCAUGAGAAACACUACUCUUCUUCUGGUCCAGCCUCUGUGUCAAACACAGAGAGUCAAAGGCAAGAAAUACCGAUCAUUGCUGGACUCUUCAAAAACCAAAAAAACAUGAACAACAAAGUUUCAGAUAUGGAUCCUCAGAAAACACCAAAAGCCUCACCACCCGUGGACACCACCCCAUGCACAGAAAAAGCCGCAGAAUCACAAGAUUUGAAAGAUCCGGUUCUUCAUUUAACGGAAACAGUAAAAUCAUUACGAUCGAGAACAAUAGGUUCUUCAAUGAAUGAUAUCAAGUCAGUCGCGCAGGAUCACCAUAGCAUACCUGCUCCUGCUGAACCUGUUGGUGGAAUUACACAAACUUUAUCUGAUGAUGAACUUGUAAAUCUUGAUCAUCUUAACAUAGGAGAAGAAACCGCCUUUCUUUUCGCACCUGAAAAUGUGCCACAACGAAAAGUGAAACGUAAAUUCACAUCAGCAAGUCAUACUUUACAAGAUUUCGGGGAUUUUGAUAGCAUUGAUCAGUUUUUUUCUGAGGAAUGGGACAGCGAUUCUACUGUGCCAGCAAUGAAGAAGAAGUCCAAGAUUGAGUGCACAAACCUGGCAAUAUCAGAAGAGAUCAAAGAGAUUAACAAGAAGCUACUUGAGACAUCCUUGGAGAUGGUGGCUAACCCUGCUGAAGAUAGUAAUAGCAUACUUGAAGGGCAUGAAGGAAUCAAAGUCACCUUCGUAUACAGGAAUGUGUGUAUCCCUGAUCUAUUCCGUACCCAGGGAGGGGUUACAUCUAAAAUGAGGCCUGAGUUUCGCAUUAAGCUACUUGUUCUGGUUAAUUAUCCAGCUUCUUCACCUACGAUCUUAAAGGGAAGCCAUGAUAAUGUCUCGAGCGAACCAUGGCCGCAAUUGUAUGAGGAAAUGGUGUCUAAAUUCCAUUGCGCGAUUCGUGAGCUUCCUGAGCCAAUGUCUCUUGGUGACAUGGCACGAAAAUGGGAUGCAUGUGCUCGAUCUGUAAUCACCGACUUUGUGCAAGGAAUAGGUGGAAAGAGCUUCAGCAUAAAGUAUGGAAGCUGGGAGAGUUCUUCUGUUUCCAAGUAG